AUGUUUGAAAGCUUUAAGAAAUCCAUGAUGGUUGAAUUUGAAAUGUCUAAUCUUGGUAUGAUGCAUUACUUUCUUGGCAUAGAAGUGUUGUCGUCUUCUACUAGCAUUCUUAUUUCUCAAAAGAAAUAUGUGGGAGAAAUCUUGGACAGGUUUCAGAUGAAGGAUUGUAAUCCUGUGAAUACACAGUCUGAGUUUGGUUUAAAGCUAAACAAGGAUGAUGGAGGAAAGAAGGUUAAUAGUACUCUUUACAAGCAAAUUGUGGGGAGCUUAAUGUAUUUAACUAUAACAAGGCAUGAUAUAAUGCAUACUGUAAGUAUCAUUAGUAGAUACAUGGAGUGUCCAACAGAGAUUCAUCUUUUGGCGGCAAAAAGAAUUCUUAGGUACUUGCAAGGUACUAAAGAGUUUGGGCUAUUCUUCAAAAAGGGAGAAAAGUUAAAUUUGUUUGGCUUUACAGAUAGUGAUUAUGCAGGAGAUUUUGAUGAUCGAAAAAGCACAUUUGGGUAUGUUUUCAUGUUGGGAAGAGGAUUUGUUUCAUGGUCAUCAAAGAAGCAACCAAUUGUCACAAUGUCAACCACUAAAGUUGAAUUUGUUGCAACAACAGCUUGUGCUUGUCAAGCUAUUUGGCUGAAGAAGAUUCUUGAAGAGUUGCACUUCAAAGAAGAUGGGCCUACUGUCAUUUUGUAA